AAAGUUUCGGUCCCGCUAGUCUUUUGACCGACGUCUUUUACUACUGGAGAUGUUUGACGUGACGGUAAAAACGCUUGAUGGAAGAGACUCUAUAUUCCAUAUAGAAAAUGAGGCCAUGAAUAUCGAAAAUUUCAAAAAAGAAAUAGAACAGAAGUUGAACAUUGCAGCUGAUCAACAACGCCUUAUUUUCCAAGGGAGAGUUCUCAACAAUGAACAAACUUUGUUGGAAUGCGGUAUUCAAGGUAAAGUGGUACAUCUUGUUGUCAGGCCCCCUCCAACUACCAGAGAACAAUCAUCUUCUGGAACUGCAACAACUGACUCAACGGCUAACAUGGGUGGUUCUGGUCUAGGCGGAUUUACGUUUGGAGGUAUAAGCAUGCAGCAAGCUAUACAAGACAUUACCUCUGGGAUACUGAGUGGUGUUAGCGAGCUGAGCAGAGCAACUAACCUCUCCCUCUCUCGUGAUGGUGAUCUUUCUGGCGAUUCCCUUCAUGAUCAUUCUUUAAUAACCUUACGAAAAAAUGCUUUCAACAAAUUGCAUCGCCAAGCCACUCGCCUUACUCAGAAAAUAUCCCAAAUGUCUUACAAAGACUCUCAUGAUAACAAGGUAAAACCAUCAGAAACUGAUCCGUCUCCUUCCACAUCUCAUUCCACAAACCAACGUGACAUUCAGAAGGUUGAUAUUAUUAACACUUGUGAUAAUGUAAAUGAAACGUCCAAACGAGAAUCAUCACCCAUGUUAGUGGAUACGGAUGAAUAUGAUAAAAUUUCCCCAGAUGAAAUCGAAAAUCUUAAUAAUGAUGAGCAACCAAAAGCUGAGGAAGAAAAUAACACAGAAACUGUAGAUAAUUCAAUAAAUUCCACACCAGAACCUUCUUUGGCUUUGUUAGCAGAUAUGCUUAGCAGAUAUCGUCAACUAUGGCACUCAAUAGAACCCCAGUUAGACCAGUGGGGAGAAAUGUUGCAUAAUGAAAGUAAGAUCGUUGGGACAACAUCUGAAGUCUGCUCCACUAUUGAAGACUCUUCCACAUUAGAAGUUGGUCACACAUCACAAGAUAUCGAAACUAAAAGGAGAACAUCUCAAGUGUCGAACUGGCAUCCACGUCUGUUUUCUCAAGUGAGCCGUUUACUACACUUAAACGCCCAUAUGCUUCAUUUGAUAUCUGAUUUCAAUGUAAUUACUAUGACAGAACGGGAGACACAACAGGUCAAUAGUACCGUUUCUGUUUCUCAGACUAGUGACUCGGAAUCUAAAACAUCAACAAGUGAUGAAUCUCAAAGACAGGAUCCUGACGCAAAUACUUUAAUUGACCUCACAAGUGAUCCUGUGAAAGAACCAAAGCCAGUUCCUCAAGUCAAACGAUGUACUCAACGGGUUUUAAGUGUUUCGGAUACUGAGAGACGUCGGAUACGUGCGCGGAUUAGCGUUGAACCACCUGAUCUUACGAUCGUGGCAACUGGAGAUGGACAAGAACCACGGAUUAUUAGAUCCGAACAUCCUGUUUCUAAUGUUGGCUCCACAACUUCACGUAUACGAAGUCGAUCGGCGUCUAAUGGAAACCGCGCUAGUAACCUUCAAACGGAAAAUGCUCCUGCUGUAACAAGUUCAUUCGGUACACCUAACCCUGCGAUGACUACAACGACAACCUCUUUGGGAAACGGACGCACUGCUAUUAUCCAUCGUUUUGACAUUCCAAUAAUAUCUGUAAACACAUUUAGUCUCCCAGCUGCUCCAUUUUUAGCAUCACUUUCAUCUCCAGUAACUUCAACAAGUGCUCCUACUAGUGUUGUGUCAAUACCAUCUACUACGCGCACUAUAACUACUUCCAGUGAUUCACUACCAACUACUCAUACCAACGUAACUAUGGUUCCUCGCCCAUCGCUCCCUCCACUCACGGUAAUAGACUCAGUUGACCCUUUUUUGGCAUGCAAUUCUCGUCACUUUUCACGUGAAGUUAGUCAUAGAGUUUCUACGUCAUACAAUUUGCCAGAACCACCACCACUUACACCAAUUAAUGAUGUCAUCACCCCACAUGGUGCUAAUAUUAGUCGUCUAGGUCGUUCACAAGCAAGUGUAGAUCCUGCCAGUUUAAACAACCAAACAAGAUCAGGUUUACCGUCGCAAGUUUCUUUUUCGUUUGCAGAAUGUGCACCACCUAGUGCUCCUGGUAAUCCACCUACAGUAAACACUGGAUCUGCAGGUACUAGACCUCCUGGAUCAUUUUCCUUUGGUUCAGGAAUCAGUCUGCCGCAACACCUUUUAUCUCUUGUAUCCGCCGCCACCAAUGCCGCAAUUUCUGCUGUGAGUACCGAUAAUUUCACUCCCGGUCACUCACCAUUCAAUCUGCAUGUUUCAUCGUCACCCAUGCAAUUCUCAAUGAAUCCAUCCCAUCCUGUGACAAAUUUAGCAGGAAGUGCAACUUCAACAGCAACUACAACUAGUGGAUCAACAACGCAUAAUACUCCAAGAGUUUUUCCUCAAACUAAGCCAUCUUGGGUAUCUAAUGAAAUCGAUCAAUCACAGCUUAGAGGUGUAUUUCAAAUCUUCAGUGUACUCAUAGAUGGAUUGAUUAAAACAGUAUGGUCCAGGAUUUCCCAGUCAUCAUCGAAUUUAUUGGCUGCCUGCGAAUAUGUAAAUGAUCAAAAUUAUUCCGUGAAUAGCGCAUCACGUGGUCGAAGUGUAUCCGUUGGGUUAUUAAGUGAUAUUAUUACCGCUAUUCAUAAUGAAGUCAAUGAGCAUCCUGAUACUCAAAGCUGCGGCCACAUCACUUCAUCCUCUUUGGAUGGUUUACGCGAACAUCUGCAACAUCACCUUUUCUGGGCUGAGUCAGUUUUGGGGAACAAUCAAACAGAACUUGUUAAUUGUUUAGUUAGUGUUAUUUUUAGAGAUCGAUUGUCAGAUGCUUCUCAUAGUGAAUACGCAACAUGGUUAAGAAAUUUUGGUGAAAAUCUCCCUGAACACUUGGUUGAUACAACAGCAUCAUUUGCCAAAUUAUGUAGGUAUAUUGUUUCUUCGCAAUUGGAUUUGUGGAGAGCCAGUCCAACGAAUACCGGAUUCGGUAAUACCCUACUGAUGACUCUGAAGAUUGCUUGUACAGAUCUUCUGUGCUUAACAGACAUCCUUACAAAUCAUCUUGCUUCUUCUUUGGGUAUUGAACUACACACUGAAUCAAGUUCUGAAAGUUCUCAAGGAAUUCGAAACCAAAUGUUUGGCAUCACUACAGGCUUUGAUAUGUUGUUGGAUCAUUUAAAUUCAUUUUUGCAAGCGAAUGAGGAUGAUGAAAACUUUGACUUUGCUCAAGACUUUAUAACAGGUUUUGAGAAUUGUAUUAAAUCGUACUGUGAUAUGGAUGAAACCACAUUACGUGCCAAGGUGACACACCAAAAGUCCUCAUAUAUAGAGUUCAGGAAAUCCAAAAUCCCUUCACCUAUGAUGGUUGAUCCGUCAAAUGGUGAAAUCCAACGAAAUGUAUUUGAUGAAGAUUUGCAUGGUGAUGAUUUACCGUUUGUAGACGCAUACUCUGAUUUGCCUUCGGAUGAAAUGAACCGUCCUAUGUCAGCUGUUUCAAAAAGUAAUAGUGAUGUGCCUACGGGUCAGCUUAAAUUACAAUCAAAAAUAUCCUCCUUACCUGAUUGGACUCCGAAACCAGGAGAAUUGCCUGACAGUAGGAUAAAUGGACUUGACCCUAAUCCGAAUGCUACUCUGCCUAUAAAUAAUGACCUAUCAGUUCCAAAUGAAACAGAAGGUUGGCACGCUGUUUUACCUCCUGCCUGGAUUCAUGUAGUCACCAGCGAUAUAUCUGCUAUGUCACAUAACCUUCCAACUACUGAUGAUCCUAAUCAAUUCGGGCGAUUCAGUGAUGGAUAUAUAGCAGGCAUGCCUGCGAAAAGACGAAAGGUUAUGCAAGAACACUCAGCAUCUUUGUUUCAAUCACCUGAUCAAUUAUUCAUAGAAUGCUUAUCCGAUGCUGUUGCAAGUGAUCACGUUAAUAAAGAGAAGACGAACGAAUAUUCGAAUAGUGAUGUAGAAGAUAAAUAUAGGUCGAGACUCAGAAGACUACCUGCCGCAGACAUUGAACUCGUAAACUCUUUGAGAGAAGUUGUCUCAGAUCGACUAGCAGUACGUUUGACGAAUGACCCAGACUUUGAUACAGCACAGUUCCCACUGUCUACUCAGAAAUUUUUAAAACGAGAACCAAAAGCACGAAUGUAACCUAAUUUAGCUGUGUGAAAGGAUGAGUUCCUAGCUUGUUUGACCUAAAAUAUUUUAGUGGCAUAUAGCAGUGGUUGUUAUAAGAAAUGGAUUUCAUACUAUUCAAAGCAGGAUACCAAAUUUCAUUGUGUAUUGUCAGUUUCAAAAGUAUGUAUGUUUACUUUUAGAGUGUCAACAACUAACAGUAUGAUGUCACGUAUUAUUUCUUUUUUAUGAACUUAUCGCAGUUUAUGGUUCUGAACGUUACGAACCCGUGAAUGAUAUUAACAGCCAUAAACUUAAAUAAAAACACAAGUUUGUCACAAA